AUUUGACGCCAACAAAUCGACAAAGGGCGCCUCGAAGCUGCGCCGCGAUUUAAUCAAUGCCGAAAUCGCCAAUUUGCGCGACCUUUUGCCGCUGCCGCAAUCGACGCGUCAGCGCUUAUCACAGCUACAGCUGAUGGCAUUGUGUGUGUAUGUGCGUAAGGCUAACUAUUUUCAACAAGUUUUUAAACGGCAUGACAUUUCAAUACAUCAUGCACCAACACCAAAUAUAGGCUUUUCAAAGGCGCUCUCAGGUUUCCUCAUGAUGCUGACGCAAAAUGGCAAAUUGCUUUAUAUUUCCGAUAAUGCAGCCGAGUAUUUGGGGCAUUCAAUGGAAGAUCUCCUCAUUCACGGCGAUUCCGUUUACGAUAUCAUUGACAAACAGGAUCACGCAACCAUACAAGCCGAACUGAAUCGCAAUGUGCCACCACAACCGGGUCAUAGUCAACACGCGAGCGCUGCCUCCGCAGCCGCCGCAGCAGCAGCGGCGAUCAACAGCUUGGAGGGCGAACAUCGCAUGUUUUUAUGUCGCAUGAAUGUCAGUCGAAAUGCGCGACGGCAAAUGCGCUUCGGUGAUCAGAAGGUUGUGCUAGUUCAGGGUCACUAUCUGUCAUAUCUGCCGCUCUGCAGCCGCAACGAGCCGGUCUUUUUGGCCACAUGCACACCCAUUGCCAUGCCGGAGACGCGCGAGUGUGUGGUGCAGGGUGCCACCAAUGUGUUUACCACCAUACAUUCGAUGGAUAUGAAAAUUGCGCAUAUCGAUAAAAACGGCGAGUUUCAUUUGGGUUACAGCAAAAGCGAUAUACACGGACUCUCUUGGUACAAUCUCUUACAUUCGGAGAAUUUGCGUGAGGCGCAAAGCAAACACCGGCUGAUAACUCAAUCUGAGCAGGAUCGCUCUUGUAUUUUAUUGGUGCGCAUGCAACGAAGACAAGGCGAUUUUAUUUGGGUGCACGUGGUGCUGCAAGUGCGCGAUAGUCAAGACACAAACCAACAGCCGGUUAUUGUGUGCACCAACCAGGUUUUAAACGAACGUGAGGCUUCGGUAAUGCUGGCCAAUUCGUGGCUCUACCACUACUACUCGGUGCAGUCGAAGAUACAAUUCGGACUCGCUUUCGAUGCGCCCACACGUGUGCCACCGACAACACCGGCCGCAGCAGCCGCGGCGGCAGUCUACUACCAUCAUCACGCACACCAUGCCGCGCAUUCGCAUUUGCAUCAUCAUCACACGGGCGCCGCCAGCACCACGGCCACACUUCCAGCCACCGCAACGGCGGGUUAUGCCGCCGCAUUGCAUCCGCAUCAAACGCACACACAUUUGCACCACACGCAACACCAACACCUACAUCCACACACACAUACACAUGCACAUCAUCAGUAUCAUCACAUGACGACGGCGUCGUAUGGCGGCGCAUAUCAUACGCCCACCGGCGCGACCAGUGGUGGCAGCAUGAGUGUGGGGAGUGGCAGCUGUGGUAGCGCGGAAAGUUCGCCAGCGCCGCAUUUGAGUGGUCAUCAUCAACAAGGCCAACAGUUGCAACAUCAUUUGCCAAGUAAUGGCGGCAUGGCGAUGACGAGACAUGCGGGUGUCAUCAAUGGUGCGGCCGUCAGUCCGUAUUUAUGUCACCGUCGUGUCGGUGCGGAACCAGUCGAUUAUAGUCAAGUGCCCGGCGGCGUCGGUGCACCACCGAUCGGCUUGAAUGGCGCGCGUUCACCUACUAACGGUCAAGUGGAUGGACAAAUGCGUUGCAGCAGCACGAAUAGUUCCGUCUCCAGUCAUAAUGCUGCCACGCCACAUUAUGUCACACACAACAACAAUACCAGUGGCAAUAAUAAACACAACAACAGCAGUAGCGCCAAUCACAGCAGCUCCAACAAUAAUCACAACAGCACACAUAAUCAUAACCUCAACAGUGCUGCCAAUAUCAAUACUAAUGGUAAUGCGAGCUCCACGCAGCAUCAGCGCCUCAGCUCGCCGCCCUCCAAGCGUCGCGCAAUCGGUAAACUAGAACCACUCUACCUACCAGAUGACGCGACCGAUGACACGCCAACAACAGUCACCGAAAUCGAUACACCCUACCAUCUGCAACCACAUUCGCUUAUUGGCGCACCAGCCGAGUCGCAUGCCUCGGUUAUAUUCGCUACCGUUGUGCCGACACGUCCGCGUCUCAUACAAAAGUCCCUACCCAACGAGCCGCCUGACUUUAUCGACCAAUGGAAUCCCAGUCCACCUUGGUCGGAGUCCGCGCAGAAACUCUCACUUGACAGUUCGUCUUCCACACAGCAGGAGCUUAGUCCUUGUAUUACAACUACACCACCUACACCGACAAGCGCACCGCCUACAGGCACACUGGGUUCGAAUUACGGCAGCUUACAGACGCUGGGCCCAGCUUUUUCUUUCGAAUGGAUGUCCGAUCCGUUGGUGCCAGUUGCAGAUCCAUAUGCGUCCUGUAUUACAUCACCCGAUGGUGUACCGCUCGUAGUCGCUCAUCAUCCACAUGCAACAGCGACAGCGCAGCAUUCUUUCCAUUGGAACACUACGCCGUCGGAACAUCAUCAGCAUUUGAGUCAACAUUUGGCCUCGCAUGGUCACCGUUUGCUUACGCUAUCAAAUACAGGUGCUGUGGAUGCAAUGCAACAAUCGUCAACUGUAAUAACUAGCGGUGAUGCAAGAAAUGCGCGGACGAAGUCUCCUGAAGUUACCGAACGGAAAGAAUCGCCGCGCAAAUAAAUCAGCACAACAAAGUUUGCUGAACCCUAACGGAGACUUAUCCUAAAAAUAACCUGCUAAUGAAGCAGUUAGGUGCAAUAAAAGUGAGCAAACAAAACCAAAUUAAGCUUUAUGGGCUUAUACAAACAUAAAU